AUGGACAUUGACACCACCACGGCGGAUGCGCCCAAGGGCCACGAUGUUCCAGAGCCCGAAAAAAUUGCUUCCCCACCUGAGUGUGAGGGUGGCCCUGUGGAGAUUGAGCUCUCCUCGUCCGAAACGGCGGUUAGUUUGAUGGCCUUGGCGGCUGGCGACGAUCGCCAGCCCUUUACCUCUGCACCAUCGUUACCCGGCGUUCCUUCGAAAGCCGGUGGAACAGCUUGGGCUCCAAAUGCAAGGGCAAAAUCGCCCAACCCCAGUCAGAGCCGUGGACCGCCCCCGUCCCCUAGCCCUUCAACGCAGUUGUUUCAGGAUAACAAGCUUCCACCGCCAAACUCGCCAACUCAACUCCCCUCGAUGAUAUCAACCAUGAACUCCCAACCAGCAAGUCCGCCGAACAGUCUACCACCUGGAAACGAUGGGCGGCACACCACCCUACCACCGGUUUCAUCGAUCCAGGUUCUAGCAGAAAUGGCCGAAAAGGCUAUGCCCACCCAAAACUCAAACCUUUGGACCAACAAUCGCAUGCCUUCAACCCCGCGGACUGUCUAUCCAACCGUUUCCUCCCAUGUGAAUGUUGCUCCUUCCAACAGACCCACCCAAGCCCCACAAUCGCCUGGUCUUCCUGCCCCUCCUGGGCAGUCCCAGCACGGUGGGUUCAGUUCGGACGCGAACCCCCGACCUCCGGUGCACCAUUUAACACUACAGCAAAGGCAGUUCUAUUUGAACCAGGAUCCGCCAUUGUCACCCUAUUACACCAAUUCGCACCAGCACUACCAGUCUCCCUACCCCCCGAUGAAGGAAGGUGCUUCGCCAAAUACCAAUGGGUCUACUGUUCCGUAUCAGUCUAGCAUUACUCAUCCUCGCGAAUUACCAGGAAUUUUGCAAAACCAUUCCUCACCUUCAAGCGCACCUGCAUUCUUUACUCCUCCGGCUCUUCCCGGGCGUAAGGAUUCUACUACCAUGGAAUACUACUCUGCAGAUAAUACGCCACCUUCUGGGCCCAGCACAGGGGACACAAUGCCUAGCUCUGGUACUGAUGAUACAAUAACGAGCCCGAGAAGUCGCUCAACUGUGGCCCCUAGUGCUCAAGGGCCGUUGGCUAGCGGUGGAUUCAAAUGUGAAUUUGCUGGUUGCAAGGCUUCUCCUUUUCAGACGCAAUAUUUGCUUAAUUCUCAUGCCAACGUCCAUUCAUCCGCCCGCCCACAUUACUGUCCAGUUAAGGGCUGUUCUCGCGGUGAGGGAGGGAAAGGUUUCAAGCGGAAAAAUGAAAUGAUUCGCCACGGCCUUGUUCACGACUCACCCGGUUAUGUUUGUCCAUUCUGUCCAGAUCGGGAGCACAAGUAUCCCCGCCCGGACAACCUUCAACGUCAUGUAAGGGUCCAUCACAUGGAUAAAGAUAAGGAUGACCCGCUGCUCAGAGACGUUCUUGCCCAGCGACCUGAGGGUGGAAACAGAGGCCGUCGUCGUCGUUUGGGCUCUUGAUUGUUUUUUCCUCCUUUUCCUAGAGUGAGACCUGCCAUGAUAAUGUGUUUUCUUCAUUUCUGUCCUUGGACCUGCAUUCAGUGGGUGGCCUCACGAGUAUAUGAAAUCUUCGGCGUGAAUUCUAUGGGCUUUCUUUUAAUCUUCAUUCAUUCUUGUCACUUUAAUCGCUUUUCGGACUCAGGGGUCAAAAUUCCGGGUACUACAUUCUUCAUCCAGCUCCUUUACCAAAUGGGAUUGGGGGGAGCAUGUUUAGGAAUUCGGUUAGGGACAUAUGGAGUGUUCUGGGGCUUUCGCAAAGCGCAAAGCGUCUCUGUCCGCUCCAGGAGAGCGGCCAUAGGAGGAUGGUGAUAGCGUAUGCAUUUACCCUUCUUUCUAGUUAUUCGUUUUCUUCCCUUCUUGCUGUCCUGCAUGACCUUGUUUUUUUCAAGUUUCGCUUGCUUUUUUGCUUUGGAGUUUUAUUCUGUUUCUCCCUUUAUUUUUCUUUUUUGCUCAUGUGAAGGGUGGAGUCUGUUCUUGAUUUUUUUCAUUCUAUCUUCAAGUUCUUUUCUCAACAGGUCCUACUGGUGUCAUGAUUCAUUUGGGUUUCCUUUUCUGCCAAUUCUCAAACUUGGCUUUCUGUAGCUUAAAGAAUCGGUCGUAUAUAA